AUGGACGACGAUAACUUGAUAGAUACAAGAGAAAGUAGCGUGAGUGUAAAAGAAAGAGCAGCAGAGAUUGAAAGAAAAGAAAAAAAGCACGCUAGAGAGAGUUUAUCUUCUCUGAGAUCUUCACAUCAACAGAUGGCAGGAUAUUUGAGAACAACAGAAUCAGCUUCAAGAAAGCAUGUUGACAAACGAAGGGCGCCUAUGCCUGAUCAUCCUGAAGAAAAACGACUAAAGACAAGUCAUAGAGAAGGAUCUGCCCUGUCUGCAACUACCAAAAAUUCGGCAGUAGCAGAUCAUGAGGACUCUACAAUACAACUAGGAUGCCUUUAUGCAUACUAUUUACAAUAUAAACAAUUGUUGUAUAAUAUGGAUAAUCGUUUUGCAAAGGUUCAGCAAAUUGCAAAGAAAGAAUUAGAGAUGGGUCAUGAAGCGAUAGAGAAGAAAGAAGAGUAUAUGAAGAAUAAACGCCAAGAGGAAGAGGCUAAAGAGCGUACUGUGUCACAGUAUAUUUCAAAAGUGACAGAGGUGCUAGACGAUAUAGAUCGAAAAAUAAGCAAAGAUGAAGCAAUUGAUCAUGAAAAACGAUUACUAUCUGAUUUUAUAGUAGAACUAAAUGAACUUGAGAUACCCGCAUCCAGUAUGCAUGAAGAUAAAAAGACAUUAGCUAAAUGUAGGGAAUUGAUGGAAGCUAUUGUUGAUUCAUAA